AUGUUGAGACUAACAAGAGCCAGUAUCAGAAGAAUUUCGACGAAAGAGUUGACCACAGCUAGAAUCAAGGAUAUUUCUAAGCCCGACGAGAACAACCUUCAGCAGCAGGCUCCUAACCGUAUAUCGCCCUGGUCCAAAAGUCAAAAACCAAGAGCAGAAGCUCAAGAUAAUGUUAGAUUUGCAGUGAAGGAUUUGGCCAAGCAACCCCGUCCAUAUGCUGCUAUUGAUCUGAUUUACAAGCAACCUAUUCGUUAUAUCGAGCACGAUAAUGUUGCGGUAUGUGAUGGAAAUGGUGGUGCACAAGGACAUCCCAAAGUUUACAUCAACCUAGACCAGAAUAAAGCUAUUCCGUGUGGUUACUGUGGACUCAGGUUCGCACAAGCUGCAUUCAAGGAGGACAUUGAGAGUAGCCAAAACUAG